AUGACGCUUCUCGACCUACCAGACGAAUUACUCAUCUGUAUAUCUGAACAGCUAGCAGACUCGAAAGAGGCCUUGCGAGAGCUCAUAUUGGCAUGUCGCCACUUCCAAGCCAUCGUAGAACCAAUACUGUACAGAGACAUCUUCUUCCGAAAGCCGAACGUACUGGCCAGACUGGUUGCUGCUCUCAAAGCUGCCCCGAAUCGUCUCAACAGCAUCCAUAAGCUUGACGCCCGCUGUAAGUUCCAGGAAACCGGACGCACUAGCGCACGUCGAUUGGAGCCGCUCGGCACAAUCUUGAAUACUGCCUGUAACAUCAACGACCUUACUGUCGAGAGUCCUUACUGCAACAAUCGCGACUGGCAAGCCGCGACUAGUUUCAACGGAUGGGAUACGACCUUGCACAGCUGGUUGUGGCCGAUCUUGCAGUCUGGAAAGAUUGCUUCAGGCAGGGAACGAGCUGGUCUGGAUGCGAUGCUGCUACCGAGUGGCGUGAGUCGCGAUCUGCUACCUGGCUUGAAACGUUUAACUCUCCAUCUGAAUGGCGUGGAACGGGAACUCUGGACCGUAGAGCAUGAAGACGCGUUCAUUUUUGCACACCAGACGCUGGAAGAGAUUCACGUCUCGUCCAUUAACAUUCCGGAGCACGCGAUGAACAGUAUCAGGGAAGGAGUUCGAACGCCACUCAAGCGUCUGACGCUUGAUGAAGCAAAUGUGACCAUGCAUGGUCUGCGUUGCAUGCUUGCUAUCCCUAUUGCGUUGGAGUAUCUCUACAUUGGUGAGAACCGCUACUCGCCCGAGGAGACGGCGUUCCCACCGGACCAAGAGUACAACAACCUCUGCAGGAGAAGUGCAGCGGAAGUCGUCGAAGCAUUACGCGUACAAAAGACAUCACUAAAGACCCUAAUCUAUCGUGCUGACGAUGAAGGUGAGUCCGCACCAUUGUCGUCAUAUCAGGGCCCCGACUUCAGCGAAUUCAUUGCCUUGAAAACCAUCUCUUUCACGGGUGAUUGGGGCUGGAUGUCUACAGGCCUGUGUCGUACAGCAACUGCGCCCCCUGGUUUACAGAAUUUGACCUUGGACGAGUUUCCUUUUCUCGAUGUGCUGGAGAGCGGCAACCACUCCGAAACAGAACCACCGCGACCAAUCUCAAACAUUGCUGAUGCCAACACGAAGCUCCAGACGUUGACAAUCACAUCCGAACAUUCCGGUCUUGGUAGACUGGCAGCUAUGACGGGAGAAAGAACGGCGAUCAAGCUUGCAGGUGAGUUCCUGCGACGGAAAGACGUUGCCUUACGUCUCACACGGCCUGCUUCGCACCAGAUGUUUGUUCCGCCUUAUCUAUAUGGUGAAGAGCCUGUCGCCGAUGUGCUGAUCUACGAGAACAACGACGUUGGCUUUCGCGAGGAGGGCGGGCAUAUUGGAAUAGUCGAUCACGAUAGCGAUAGUGACUGGACUGAUGAUACCGACCGCAUGGGAUACGUUGACGAGGAGGAUUGGGAUGACAAUGAGGACGAUCGGGAUGACGACCGGGAAGACGAGAUGAACUGGGGUACGCAGACGUGA